GCCCCGCCCUGGUGGCUGGAGGUGGGGCGGCUGUAGCGAUGGCGGCCGUGACCGAUGUGCAGCGGCUGCAGGCCCGGGUGGAAGAGCUGGAGCGCUGGGUGUACGGGCCGGGCCACUCGCGCGGCUCGCGGAAGGUUGCUGAUGGCCUGGUCAAGGUGCAGGUGGCUUUGGGAAACAUUGCCAGCAAGAGGGAGAGAGUGAAGAUUCUGUACAAAAAGAUUGAAGACCUGAUCAAGUACCUGGACCCCGAGUACAUGGACCGCAUCGCCGUCCCAGACGCCUCUAAGCUGCAGUUCAUCUUAGCAGAGGAGCAGUUCAUCCUCGCCCAAGUUGCGCUCCUGGAGCAGGUGGAGGCGAUGGUGCCCUUGCUGGACAGCGAACACCUCAAAGCCGUUCCUGAGCACGCCGCCCGCCUGCAGCGCCUGGCCCAGAUCCACAUCCAGCAGCAGGAUCAGUGUGUAGAGCUCACCGAGGAGGCGAAGGCUCUCCUGGAGGAAUACAACAAGACUACGCUGCUGCUCUCCAAGCAGUUCGUGCAGUGGGAUGAGCUCCUCUGCCAGCUGGAGGCCGCCAAGCACGUGAAGCCUGCGGAGGAGUGAAGGCUGCAGCCCGCCCUAGCGGAGCCUGAGGCUGCUCGGGAGUGAUUCAUGGCCCCCCAGCCACAGCAGCGGCAGAGUGGGGGUUUGCAGGGGGAGGUCUGUGUCAGAGCUUUGGCAGCUGGACAUUAGUGUUACUGUUCCGGUUCUCUGCUCCCGGACCAGAGCCUGACUCCAGUGACAAUAAAGAUACAGAGGGCCGGA